CGCUUAUGGUCCAUCUCAAUAGAGCCAUUGAUCUCAUCUCAUUGAUGUUUCAAUUCAGCACGCACAAGUAAAAGCGAGCAGCACCACUCCUACUACCACUACUACCACCACUACCACCACCACUACAUGUGCCAAACAGACACGGGCCCGGCCGCCUUGCCUCCCAGGGAAGGAAACUGGCAAACAGUGCUACUCGAUCCCGCCCUUGGACACGCAAAUGUCUCGGCACGGCACCUCAUUGACGAGCACACGGCCGCCCACGGGCAAUGGCUCCUGGCCCGUGUUUACGAGAGCAAAGCCGUCCCAACAUGCCAGCAUCACCGAUGCGCGGGCGCGGGUGGGCCCCUUUGCCCGCUCCGGCACGACCUACUUAUGUGCCUAUCCAUCACCUCUGCCCGGUGGUGGUGGCCUCUGGACAAAAUGUAGGAAUCCUACCACGCGGACAGCACAUCUGAUAAAACAGAUAGGCAAACAGGGUAACGGCCGCAUCAGGCCUCUGUGGCACUCCAGCCAGACCACUUUGGGUCGCUGCAAAGGACCGAUUGGCCUGCAGCCUUCCGCGCAGCCGUCUUGUGCAACCUCGACUGGCCCUCGUCGUCUGUUUGGUAAAGCGCUGCUUGGGCACCCCGCCGAGAGAGCUAGUGUCCAUGCCCGCUGCCAUGCCCGCUGCUGUUUGCUAAAGAGGGACGGGCCGCCUAAGGAGAUACGAAGGCAGCAGGCCAUGCCUGUCUACCGAGUAGACGCCAGCAGCUACCCGUUUUGCAACCUCGAGACCAGCGUCGAUGAGCACCGCAAGAAGCCUACAGCCUCUGCUCUGCACCCGGGCACUGACUGA